AUGAAAUACAAUGAAAAUGCUUCUUUGCUUAAUAAACAAGCAGAUUAAAAUGUCCUUUCAUCUUUUACUUUUAUGAAUAGUUAGCAAAAACUUAAUUAAGAAUUGCAUUUAGGAUUGAAAUCGAUGGGACAAUCUUAAAUUGUUUCUUAAAGAGAGAUUCCAUUAGCAAGUUAAGUUUGCAAUAAAGAAUAUUUCCUUUCAAGAACUAUUAAACCUUUUUACAAAAUGGUUAUGAGUGCUGAGCAAAAUCCAGAAUCUGUUAUGGUAAACUAUUUGAGAGAUAAGCGCAGCUAUUACCAUGAUAUCCUAAAAAAUUUAUUGAUUAAUUCUAACUUAAAAGCAGAACUUGCUGAUAACAUAAAAAUGAUUGAGGAAAAAAAUCUUGAUUAUGUUUUUUAGGAUUAAGAAGAGCUUAUGGCUAAUAAUUAAUUCAAAAUAAAUGAGAGAAUAGAAAGAGAAAUGGAUAAACAUAUUAGGAGAAGCGUUCGUUUUACUAGCUUUUGGCCUGAGGUAUGCAUUUUCAAGAAUAUAUUUGAUCGAGCAUCUUCUACUUUAGGUAUGUUGGAGGGGUUUCAAGCAAGAGAUAAAUUUGUAUAUUUAAGCAAGUAAGGAAGAGAUGAUUGUGUCAUUUAAUGGAAAUUUUUUGAUACUUAGAGACUAGAAGAAGUUGUUUUGUAAAAAUUUAACGUUGAUGCAAAAUACUCAUCUCACGACUUUAAAAAGCAACUAAGAAUAUUUGAAGUUUAAAGAAAUUAAGAAUAUGAAAAUUUACUGAUUAAUCAUGAUCCUUAAAGAUUAUAAUUAACAUUCUAUAAUGGUAUGUGCCCUGUAACAGAGUUAAAUCAAUAAAAAAAAAGAAAUGGAGUUUAAUGGUCUGAAAGAGAGAUAUUAUUUAUGAUGUACUCCAUCACUUAAAAUUUAAUUUAUUUGAGAAAACAAAAAUAUUUUUAUCAGGAUAUAAAGCCAGAAAAUAUUAUAAUAUAUAAUAUUAAAAAAGGAUAAUUUGGAUUUAAAUUAGCUAAUUCUUAUCAAACUGCUACAGGCAUGCUUUGUACAGGAGGUACUAAGCAACUACAUGGGGAAAGAUGUUCACUCUUUUACUUUGGUACUUUAUGCACUAAAAUUUUUUUAGAUCCAAGAAUAUCAUACAAAAGAAACAGUGGAUUAGAGAUUACAGAAAAAGAUGUAGAAUAGGCUAAUAAUUAUUCUAUGGCAUUAACUGUUCUUGAGAUACUGAUAUCGAAUUUAACUUCUAAUGCAGCAGAUUAAAAUACAUGUUAUAUAAUAAAAGGUUGGAAAGAGAGAAGAAUGAGGAAAAGAUAAUAGUAAUAGCAACAAUAAAGUAAUUUAUCAAGAAGAAAAGACAAUUUUGAGUAAAUAGAAGAUUUUUCUGUUGAGUUUGAUGAGCUAAUAGAUUAUAUUAAAGAAAAAUAUCCAAGAGUUUCUUAAAUUUUAAGGGAAAUUUUAGUGGUUAAAUUUUAGCAAGACUUGCAAAACAUCAAAACAAACAAAUAAUCACAACUCAACGAAUAAGCAAUGAACUAUAAAGAAAGUACUUAGUAUACUUUCAAAGAUUUAAAGAGGUCUUUAAAAGAUUUUGAGGAAAAUUAGUAGCCUCUUUUUUUUGUUGAUGACAAAUAGCAAUCUUUGUUUAAGCUAAUAGAAUCUAAGAAAAAUUAUUCUAGUUUGUAGGCUUGCAGUUUAUUCCUACAAGAGCCAUCAAUAAGCUAUAUAGAUUCCCCAGAGAACUAAAAAAACAGCAAAUUAAAUGAUUAUAAUAAAAAUAUAAAAAAAGAAAAUGAAGGACUCUAAGAUAAAACCCAAUAAAAUAGCAUUCCCUCAGAAGUUGUUAAAGAUAUUGGAAAUAUUGAAGUAUUAGAUUCUUUGGUUGAUGAGUUAGAUUGCUGUUUUGCAUUUGGUUAUUUGGAAAGAGUUAGAAUUUUAAUUGAACUUGCUAAGAAUAUUUCUACUCCCAAUUCAAGUUAAGUAUAUAAAUAAUUUAAUGAGAUGAUUGAAUGGUAUACAGCUAAAUUAUAUAUUGAGUGCAAUAGAUUUUAUGAUGCUGUUACUAAAUUGGAGAAUUUAAAAAUUUAAUUAGAGAAAAGAUCAGCAUAAGAUGGACUUUUAAGGAAUGUCAAGGAAAAGCUGAUAGAAGCUUAUUUUUCCUAAAAUUUAGUCAAAAGUGGAAUGCAUCAAAUAAAAGAUUUGAUUUAAUGUAGUACGUUUAAUGGAAUAAGCUUAAAUAGCGAAUAUCUUUAUAAAUAUGUAUUAAUUUAUCUUUACAUGACUUAAAAUUACACUGACUGUUUAGUGAUCAUCAAUAAUAUUUUGAUACAGUACGAAAGUUAUAUUAGCUAAGAUAUUUACCAUCCAAUGAUUGCUAAAUGCAUGAAUUUAAGAUUUAUUAUUUUAUCUCAAUAAGGAGAUCAUUUAUAAGCCUUUAAGUAAGCAGAAGCUUACUAAAAAUAUGUUAGAGGAUAUUUAUCUUAAGAAAAAGACUUAAUGCAUUAACCUUUAGCUAAUAACUAAGUUAACUAGCUUCUUAAUCAAAGUAGUUUAGUUGAUAAUUCUAAUAUAAUGUAAAAUUCUAUGCUUCAUGAAAACUCUAUUAAUCAUCAGUUUGAAAAUUCAAUUUUAUUAAAUAAAUCUUCAUAAUAUUUAAAAUAAAAUGAAUAAAUUGAUUAGAAUUAAAAACAAAAUGAAAAGAUGACUAAGCAAGAUUCAAUUAAUAAUAUUGAUUAAAAGGAAGAUUAUUUAAAAAGAGAGCAAAAUCACUAUAACAAUCAACAACGUUACUAUGUAUAAAUAUAAUAAAAUUACUAUUUAGAGGAAUUGCAAUGUAUAGGUAAAUUGAACUAUGUUAGUGCAGCCCUAAAUGUGAAAGCGAUUUAAAACAAAAAAGUUCUUAUUGAUAUCAUUGAUUAAAUUUUACAUUAAAUUGAAGAUCGCGAAGGUAUAGAAACAGCCUCUCCAUUAUAUUUGUUCGCAUUAGUUAUUAAAGCUAAAUGUUGUAUUCAUAUUUCAGAUUUAUCAGAAGCAAAAAGAUCUCUUAGAUAUGUGAGUGACUCAAUCUUAACAAGACACUCUGCGUUUGAUGGAAAGAAUUACAAAAUAAUUUAUCCAGCUUUAUUCGCAGUAAAAUUAAUCAAUAAUUGCAAGUUUGACACUCAAGGAAUAUCUAAAAUCUAGCUAUAUGAGUGGAUUUUAUAAAAACUAAAAUCAAUGUAGCAUGGUAGCCUUUUGCUCAUAAAUAGAUAGAGGUUAAAUUAUUCGUAUGCAUUAUUUUAAAUAAAAGAAUACGAGAAUGCAGAGAAACAAUCUAUUUAGUCUAUUAAUUCUAAUAUUUUUACAUUAGGAAGUAUGGAUAAGAGUUCAUAUCCAAUGUAUUCCUUAGAUACUAAAUUACAUGCAUAUUUCAUGUACAAAGUUGGUAUGUUUAUGGCAAAUGAGAACUCAUUUAAAGAUGCAUUAUUUUAAUUUAAUGAUUGUCUAAGAUCUAUGGCAGAUUUACACAAUUAAACAGAUUAUUUCAUAGGUGAAUGCCUUAUGUAAAAGGCUUAUUGCUAAUAUCAUUUAAAGUAAUUCGAUUAAGGAUUGAUAACUGCCCUCAAAGCCUGUAAACUUCUUUAAGAAGAAUAAAAUCUUUUUAACUAAAAUAGACCGAUUAUUUUAUAGCCAUAAUCAAAUUCAUCAAAUCAAAAAAAACAAGAUGACUAAAUAAUUUAAUAUAAUUACUUCAAUAAAAACAGAGAAAGUGAAAAAUAUGUAAACCCAUAGCAAGAGCUAUUUUAAGCAACGUAUGUUGUAGCAAUAGUACAUAAUAAGCUAGGAAAUUUUAAUUCCUCUUUAGACUAUUGCUUAAAGUGUAUUUAAUUGCCAAUUUCUGUGAACAAAGAUAAUAUGCUAAGGUUAGGUCAUUGUAAAAUGCUUGCUGCAAAUAAUCAGAAAAGUCUUAAAAGAUUAGUUGAUUCAUUAGCAUUAGCAGAGUAAUCAUUAAAUAUUUUUGAUAAAAUACUACCAUCUCAUCAUCCCGAUCUAUUACAAUCAGUUUACUUAAUUUUCACAAUUCUUAGAGAUCUCUAGUAUUUUAAAGAAGCUAAGCAGUAAAUGAAAUGGGUUAAUAAAAUAAAGAAAGCCAUUCUUAAAAAUGAACAGAAUUAGUUAAAGUCGAUUGAUUUUUAAAACAUGGCUAUGACAUGGAUUUCUAUAGGAUAAAUUGACUUUGGUAUUCAGUAUUUGGAAAAAUCUUUAGACAUAAAUCUGAAAUAAAAAGGACUAAAGCAUCCCUUAAUAGCAGUUGAUUUAAUAAAUCUCGCUGCAGCUCAUUUAGAUAUUCCAAACACAGAAGAUAAAUUUAAAUCUAUUGAUUUCCUAGAAGAAGCCUACUUAAUAUUUAAGCAUAAGGAGAAUUAUGAAUAUGAAGAGAACAUAUAAAAGUAACCAUAUUCUUUGGAUAAUACUUAAUUGUAGCUUUAGGCUUUGCUUAGACUGCUCAGAGCCAUAGAUAACUCUAUAAAUUUUUUGACUAGGGACUCAACUUAUUUAGAUUAGUUGAAGGCAAUUGAUAUUGUUCAUACUUAUGAGAAAAUAGGCUUUAUGAAAUAAUAAAGAAAACUUGUUUUUAAAGACCCAUAUAGCAAGCUUUAGAUUGGAGAGUUUAAUUUUUCACCUGAAAGGUUCUUAGGAUAUACUUAUUUGUGUAUAUUUCCCUGGCUAAACAAGCACUAAGGAUGGCUAAGUGUUUUCUCAAAAAAAUAGUAUUCAUUUGAACUGGACACACAUCAAGUUGUAUUGAAUAUAUUUAAUAAUAACUCUGAUUUAGUAGCAUCUUUUAUCAAGGAUCCAACUCCAAAAAGACUAUGUACACCAAAUAUUUUAUAUAAUGUAAUUAGCCCUGCAAAAGAGGUUUUAUUUACUGUAGAGGAAACCCAGCAUAGAUAUAAAGAAAACGAAAUUUAUUUAAUAAAAAAUAUUCUUCAAGAUAAAGUAGGAGAGUUAGAAAUAGCUUAAAAAGAGGGGUUCCCUGCUACAAGAGAGAUGAGAAUUUUCUUACUAGAUUCUACUUUUUCUCUAGAAACAAAAUACAUUCUAAGCCAUCUUCCUCUCUUUUUGAUGCUCCAUAGAUAUGGUACAUGA